AUGCACUUCGUUGGAGUCACGCCCAACCGCGUCACCAUGGUGAGUACACUCGCUGCUUGUGCUGCCCAUGGCGCCUCCCUUGAUUUCGGUCAGUGGAUUCACCGCCAAGCGACCCAUGCAGGUUGGGAUCUUGACGUCGUUCUCAUUACGGCUCUCGUCGACAUGUAUUGCAAAUACGGCUGCAUCAAUGCCGGUUUCGAUGUGUUCUUGAGAAUGCCUCAGCGGAGUUUGUCCACUUGGAAUUCAUUGAUUCAAGGCUUUUCCUUUUCAAAAGGAGGGGCAAUGGCGCUAAAAUGGUUCUUAAGGAUGGAGGAGGAAGGUGUGAGAUCUGAUGCUGUUACCCUUGUUGGAGUCCUCACAGCUUGGAUCAAACAUUAUGGGUGUAUGGUGGAUCUUUAUGGAAAGGCAGGGUUACUUGAUGCGGCUGUAGAAUGCAUUCAAAUGAUGUCGUUUGAGCCUAAUGUUGUCAUCUAUGGAUCCUUGUUGUCUGGUUCGCGAGCAAGAAAGGAGAUGCAUUUGAGCGAAUUUGCUGUAAGGAGAUUAGUAGAGAUACAGCCUAAAAAUGCUGCACAUUAUGUGCUGUUAUCAAAUCUCUAUGUGGAGAUGGGGAUGUGGAAGGAGGCUGAGGAGGUGAGGAGGUCCAUGAGGGAGUUGGAUUUGAGGAAAGAGUCUGGUUGGUCUUUGACAGAGUGGGAUGAUAUGGAAGUAUUUUGA